CAAAAAAGGAUGGAGUAUUGCCGUAGUCAGUAAUCCUGAAGUUUUGAAUAUCAUCCGAAAUCAUUUGAAUCUCCAGAUCAGAUCAUCUCAAAAGUAUUGGGUAAAAGUUCACCAUGACAUUGCAGCGGAGCUGGAUGCCACUUGGUGCACUUACGCAUUUCUUCAGUAUGACCAUUAUGGUAGACCUGAGGGAAAGCUGGGGUACUAUGCGCCUUUGGCAGGAGACGGUGAUAAAUGUAACCUACCAUACGGCUACAUAUGUCAAUUUGAGCCUGUGCCUGAUACUGAGUGUGCAGUACUAGAGACUCCUGAAAAUGGUUACAUCAAUGUCUCCAGUCAAGCAAUCGGAAGUGUCGCCAUAUUAGGAUGUAAUCCCGGGUACAUUGACGUGAAGCAUCGAGAAACUCUCUCAAGAUCGUGUCUGCAGAGUGGCUUCUGGAGUGGAAAGUCUCCAGAUUGCAUAGAUUCCCAAGUAACAACUUCACCGACUUUACAAACACCAACUACAGAAUCACAGACUAAGCCAGUACCCAACGCAACGAAUACUACAACAACGCCAUUUGUCCUUAAAAGUCCAUCUCCGAAUAUUGGUGCUUUAAAAGAGCAAAAUACUGGCCAUUCUCCCGAGUCGCUCGGUGCAGGAAUUGGUAUAGGAAUUGGCAUAUCAGCUGUUGUUGCUGCAGGGAUUAUUGUAUUCCUAUUGUACAGACUUCAUUCAAAAACUCAGAAAUUCAACGCAAGCCAAAUGAACAAUGAAGAACCGACAUUUGACAAUAUAGUUAUGCAAAACGAUGCUGGCAAAGCUCUUCCGAUGGAUACGGUGGUUGGAACGGGCGAUAAUACCGGGGUCACUGAAAAUGACAAAAAAGGACAGUUCUCCGAAAAGGAUUCAAAUAACCCGUUCAGUAGUGAAGUGUAGUGAUGAAAUACAGGGACCUGAGCUUGAAGGAAAUGUAAAAUGUCACUCGACUUUUUUGUGAUUUUGAAGUCAUGUCUGCACUUCAGUUCAAAAUCAACUUCUGUAGUAUUCCGACAUCACCUCUUAAUUUGCCUAUUACUGUUAUUCUCUCAAAAUCAGGAAAUAAGUGUGAUGCGCGGGGAAAUUU